UUUCAAAUCAAAUUAUUUAUGUUGGCCUAGUGUUAUGGGCGUAUGAUCUGGUAAAUUUAAAUUUGUUAAAGAUUAGGCUAAUGUGAAGAGAUAGCACCCUGACGUCAUUUGCGUGUUUUGUCCCUGGUCCCGAUAGGGUCAAAACCCUGGACUCAGUUUAGGGAUACCGGAUACGUUUAGGGUUCAGAUUAGGUUUAAAGUUUAGGGAUAGUUUAGGGUUCAGGUUAGGCUAGGCUACGGCUACGGCUAGGUAAGUUAGGGAUAAAUUUAGGACAUAAGUUCGCGGGUUCACAUUUACCAUGGGUUAUCUUAAUCAUGUCAAAGUCAAGGCUUACAAGUUACACUUUACAACCAAAACUUACAAUUACAAGGCAACAACAUCAACAAGGGCAAGAGUGCUUUUAAUACUUAAAAUUUUUAGUACCGUGUGCCGUAUGUAAAUGUAAAAUCAUAGACUUUAGGCGGUAAUCUACAAUUGAGCGUUGGCCAAGAAAAAAUCCAGUUGUUCCCCCCCCCCCCCUGUCGUGUGACAUCAUUAAUGGAUGGUCAGUUAAACAAAUAAACAUCCCUACUAGUACUUCUACUCUAGUUAAUAGCUAACUGCCUACCNUUUCGUUCUGAAAAGUAAAACUCAAUAAUCAGUAAAGCAUUGUAAUUUUAUCUGUUACUAGUUACUUUUUUUUUUUUACAUUUCAAUGUUACAUAAUUCUUUUUAAAAAAACAUUUUUUUUUUUUUAAUGCACAAACAGAUGGUCAGUUUUUCAUUCAUUGAAGUGAUAGUGAUAGGCACAGGGUCAGUGUAUAUUAAAUAAUAAUAUUAGUGUAAUAGUAAGUGUAACGGUGCAGCAACACAAGGGUAGGUGUCUUCAGUUGUCACUACUGUUACCAAAGACCGUAUGUAUACAUUAUAUAUUCUAAUCUAAGGGUAAUGCUAUGUAUUCUUCAUACAGCAAAUAUAAUUAUUAAUUAUAGGCUUAACUUAUAUAUAAAGAAAUAAUCUAAUCUAAUUUCAAAAAGAAUAAAAUCGGUGGCCCGAAUCAACACUCAGUUUUAUGGACCCACAGAAAAUUCAAUUCGCAACACACUCUCCUCUCCGCCCUAAUGUGAAGGUUUUUAGGCACCUCAUGAUCUGUUAUCUUUGUAGUUAGCCGGGGAACACCGGAGAUAGCUCCCUCAUCAUGGGGUGUAAGUGACAAAGGAAAUUCCCCAUAAUUCAAGUUCCUAUGAUUGCCCCUAAUGUCACCACCCAGGAGCAUGAAGUAACGCUCCAUUGCUGGUGGGGGAUCAAUCAAUCAUAUAGUGUGAAUGGCCGUUGUUUUAUUUCCAGAAAAAAAUAUUAUUGGCCUAUUAUUAUUAUGUUCGACAUCAUUUUCAUGUUUGAGUAGGUCUAGUUGAUAUGAUGAUUUGUCCAGCCAUUCUCACUCUACUAAGUAACUACUAAAUUCAGACUCAUCACAUUUUGACAGAAUUAUGUAGGCCUAACAAAUUAAAAAAGUUAUAAUUAUCAAAAUAAGGGCUUUCCAUAUAUUAUGUAUGCACUGAGGGGGGGGGGGGCAGGAUGGGUAGUUGACUUUGGCGAUCUUGUGCGGCAAUAAAGUUGGUUUUUGAGAUUUUGUGUGGCAGUUUCAUUUUUAGAUUUUGCCCAUGGUGUGUAUCGAUCUCAGCAAAAAGUAUGUAUAUUUAUUCAGAAAUCCAGCAAAAGUUAUCCUGGAAUUCAAGUCUCUUAAUAUCUUUAAUAUAGACAGUGGUCCCUUUAAGUCUCUGAAUUUCAUGAUUUCAAAUUAUUUUCAAAUACACUAUAAAAACGUUUUGUAAUUUUUGUCAUACUGUUGCUCUGUUUUAAAAAAAUAACUCGCUAAAUAACCCAACAGUGAUAUUUAGUCUUGUGAUUUAUGGUAGUCCACUGUAUCAGUGACAUAAUUUGUGACAUAAUUUGUUUCUUUGGCUGAACCAAACAGCUGCGCUUGCAACAAAAAAAUGAUGUGGAAAACCCCACAACAAAAUUUUAAACAAGCUUGACAUCAGUGCUUCCCUAACAUUUUUUCUCCCCAUGCCCUGAUCACCUACCUUAUUCCACACCCCUUGCAAAAAAUUAAGGGGGGGGGGGUAAAAAAAAGUUCUCCAUGCUGCCAUUGUGCCAUAAAAUUGAAUAUCAAUUCAGCUUUCUUUUAUCUUUAGGCCUUAAGAUAAAUCUUAUAUAGAAUGUUUAAAAUAUUUGAAUUGCAAUAUAUGACAACAAUAAAGGUUGUUAAUAUUUAAAGAAAAUCCUGUUUUAUCAUUAUACCCGACCACCCCAACUUAUAUAAUCUUGUCGUAUCUCCCAGAUCAGUGGCAGAGGUAGUGUUAGUGCCAUCAGAGUGGUACACAAUUUUUGCCACCUCCCUGCUAGGAAAAAAACUAUGCAUUUGCCCAAAAAUGACACACUUUUUUUUAUAUUUUAAAAAAGUGCCUUCCAGGCUGGUCUGUCCUCUCCCUACAACACUGUAAUAGAUAUUAUAUCUGCUACUAUAAUCUCCAAAUUGCCUCUUUGUGGGGAAUAAGUUACAUUUUGGGAAUCACUGAUUUUUGUAGACUUAAUUUCUUUACCUUAUCUUGUAGAUUAUAAUUUGUUAUAAAUAAACCGUUUGUUUUUUUUAAUUUUUAAAAUCAUCUAGUAUUUAUAAUGAUAUAUAAUAAUAAUAUUUAUAAUAUUAGUUUCAACUAUUUUAUAUAUUUUUAAUUUGAUUUUAAUUAGAAUUUUUACAAUGGGUUUAUAAAUGAAAUAAACAAAUUUUUUGAUUUACCAAGAUCAAAAUCAACUGUGCAAUGGAGAUGAAUGAAGAUAAUUUGGAAAAUGUAACAUUAGCCAGUGAAGUCCAGGAUGCUAAUGUGAGACCAGAAGAGCUAAGUCAAGAAAGAAAAAUCACACAAACUGAUCACGUCAACAAGAAACUGCUGCAAUCAUUUUUAGAAAGAAUAAACCAAAACGAUAACACAGUAGCCUUUGGGCUGAAUGUUGGAGCAACAAAUCCAGAACAAGACUUAGAGAGCUCUGAAGAAGACUUUGAACUGAGUGAAGAUAAUUCAGUUAACAGUGAAGCUGAAGAUAAGAAAGACUCGUGGAGUAAAGACAGUGCCGUUGAUUAACAGUUUCAGUGCUUAAAUAUGUAAUUAAAUAUGCCCUUCAUCAAACGCAUCAUCAUUUCCUUAAAACAUUUUUAAUUAGUUUUAUUUUUUCUGACUGUCAACUGGUGAGCAGUACUGGUAUUUUAACUUGGCAGAUGGGGAGUAGAAACUUUCUGAUCAUUGGAUUAAGUGGGUAAGAAAGCAAAAAAGAAAAUUGUGUUAUAAUAAUUUUAAUACCUGUCAUAUUAAAUAAAUAUUCAGUCGUACCAUAACUUUGGCAUAGCAUUGCCUGAAAUUAUAAAACAAAUUAAGAAUUUCACCUCAUCUUUAUAUCGUAUUAUUAUGUUAACAGCAGAUUAAAAAAAUUGCCUAGUUUGUAACUGUUUUAAGUAAAAAAUAUUAUAUUGAAAUACUAUUUAUAAAUAGCCUACAAUUUAAAAAAAAAACAUGCAAAUUUGUAGUAUUAAUUUUUAUUCAAAUCCCAUGUUAUUUAUAUAACAUUUCUACUCCCAUAGAAUAACAAAUAGUGGCAAAACAACUGUAGCUUCCAUGUUGUGCAAAGCGCUGCCUCAUUUAGAAUUAAUGUGUCAGGACAGUUAUUUUUGGGUGAGUAAAAGAACUUUGAUUAGGUUCAGAAUAUUUUUUUCUUUGAAAAAAAAAAUAUUUUACUAAAAUGUUCAAAUUGUUUUAUAUGUAAUACUCAAUAAAAAUAACUUAUAAAAAGAUUAAAGGAGUGAAAUAUUUUUUUUUUUUAAUUUUAUAUUUGUUAUUUUAUUUUUUAAAAAUUAUGAUUGCAGGACUUGGACAAUCCAUCUAUAGAGAGGGAUGCUGAUGGUGUAAUCAACUGGGAAAGUAGGAUAUUUGUUCCCCGUACUUGUUAAGAAGUAUCUUUUAGUUAAUAUUUUCAAUUCAUGACUAACCAAUACUUAUCUUUUAAAGUAAUAUUAAAUAAUGUCUAAAUAAUUUAUUUUAAAAAAUUGAUGCAGUUUAAUUAAAAUGAUUUUUUUUUCCUUCAUAUUUUAAGUUUUGGGCAUUUUAGCAACAAUAAAUCAAUAAAUAUAGAAUUAAAGAUUUUGUUAAAUAAUUGAACAAUAUAAAAUAGCCGUAUUUAAAUGAUAUCUAUCUUAUUUAGAACUGAGUGCACUGGACAUGGAGAGGAUGGUCAGAGAUGUUCGAUUAUGGAGUGAAAAACAUGAUGAUAAAUCAAAUUCUGUUAAAAAAUAUUCAGUGCUUUUGAUUGAAGGCUUUUUGAUAUUCAAUGACAGGUAACUAAUUAACAAUUAGUUAAUAUAUGAAUAAGUUGGAGUUUGGUAGUUUUUCUUUCAGCAAUGCAGUCAAGGUGUUGUGUAAGGGGCACUCUUGUGAGCGUUUACAGUAGUAGUAAGAUGGGAUGACAGAUGUCUUUUUCCUGAACUCAGAAUUUUUAUCAUAUUUUCAUUUUUUUUUUUUUUUAAUUUUAGCAAAAACUAAAUUUUAUUAAAAAUAUUUAUGCAGUAAAAAUUUUAUUUAGAAUUUCACAGUGCAUCUAAGUAAAUUAUAAAUCUCAAAAGGGCACUUUCAAAUAAAUUAUCUAAACUAGUGACCGAAUGAAUGUGAUUUUUUUAUUUUAACAGAAACCAAAAUUAAACUGAAAGUUAAAAUGGCGUUUGGCCGAAACGAAAAGCCUUUACGACACUUUCGGCCUAAACCAAAACAUUUAGAUAUUUGAAACUUGUUUGCCCUUACAUUCUGUGCAUGUGGAAAAAAUGAUGUGGGAAAGUAUUGAUAGUAAUUUUUGAUAGCAAAAAUUAGAUUGUCGUGCAUUUUAAAAGCGAAAUAUCUAAUGACUACUCUAGCUUUUACUAUUUUACUAUUUUCUUUUACAGAAAACUUUCAGCUUUAUUUGAUCAUAAAUAUUUUAUAAAAAUCAACAAAGAGAUUUGCAAAGAAAGAAGAUUGUAAGUAUCUAUAGAACUAACUCAAUAAAUUAUCCUUAUAUAAAACAUAGCUAUACCACAUAGCCAUUUCCCAAAUGUUAAGUCCAUUUCAAAACUAUUAAGCAAUGUUUGUAAUUAUUUUCUUGAAAAUCAUUGUUUCUAGUUUUUAAAGGACUAUUGAUGAGUUGUCUAAUUUUCUAAUCUUAAAUGUUAAUACUAUAUGCUAAGUGGAACUCAAAUUUGGUCAGUUAUUGAAUGAACUAAAUAUUAAAAAAUAUUCUUUAAAUUUCAAGAAAAACCAAUUGUAAUGCAAGUGUAAUUAUUCUAAAGUAGCUAAUCCACAACAAUUGAUCUAUUUUGAAAAUUCAUACAUAAUUUCAUUUUCACUCAUUUUUUUGGCAUUUAAAAAAAAAUUAAUGUAAAAGAAUAAUGAAGAAAAAAUACACAGACAAAUUUAGAUAUUGAUUCAUUAAUAAUGCCAUCAGUAGAGAUUGGUUCCUGACAAUAGGUACAUUUAUCCAUCAAAAUGAAAUCUGAGUCACUUGUUUCGACUGUACAUAAUUAUGGCAUUAUCUACACACACUGUCUGGAGAUUUUUUAAAUGAUUUUCAACUGGAUUAUAAUAAAAUGUAGCUGUUUUAUUUCUAAUCAGCUUUUUAUUUCACUAACAAUUUGGCCUCUUGUGGCACGAACCCGUGUUGUAUCUACUCUCUAAUGUUCUCAAUUCCAUUUCUAAUUAAAAAACAUACUAAUAAUUUAAUUUUUUUAAAUCAUGAUUUUUAUUGAUUUUAAAAUUAAGGCUACUUAAAUCACAUUUUCUACCAUGGACUUUUAAAUCAAAAUAUCUGGUAUGAAGCCCCACCGUAAAUUUGUCAUUUUGUUUGCUUAGUACUAACUAAAACAAUUUUUCACUGUCCGCUUUGUCUCCAGUGGUGAAAACAUUUGGGUUUUUAAUUUUUAAAUUAACUAGCAUAAAUUUGUACUAGAUUUGUUACAUGAAAGUUGUAUGUAGCACAUUAGACACAUGAUUUAAUUAUUUAAAUUAUGUCCUACAGUAUUUUUUCAUCUCUCCUGUUGACGGUGAACUAAAUAAACCUGUUAUAGAUUACACUGAGGACAUGUAAAUGAAAAUGCUUAUUUGAUCAUUGAGAUCAUCAAAAACAGCUAAUAUAUCCAUCAGAUAAUUUCAAUGCAAAAUUAAGUCAUUAAGAAGAAGAAAACUUUUUCAGGACACGAGUCUACAUUCCUCCAGAUCCUUCAGGAUAUUUUGAUAAUGUUGUGUGGCCAAUGUCAAUGCACAAUUUAGAACUGAUCCAAGACCAAGAUGACAUCGGUAAUGUUCUAACCGUCAUCUAUACUCCAUCCCUGUGGCGCCACAGCCAAUGUAGUCUUUGGCCUGCCUCACCUCUUCCUUCCACUCAGACCUAACUAAUGCUUUUCUUUUCCAUGCUUGGAUUCCCAGCUUGGAUUUUCCACAUCAUCCAAGCCAAGGUCUGCCUUUGAGCCGUUUUCCUCUGCAGUUUUGGUUAUGUACCCUCUUCACUCCUUUAUAGGUAUUCUGCCCAACGUAGCUUACCCUUUUUUUAUUUCUGCUACUAGCAUGGGAUCCUGAUAUAGACUAUACAAUUCCUUGUUGGUUCGUAUUCUCCACCCUUAUUCAUCCUUUGUUGGUCUAUAUAUUAUCCGGAUAACUUUUCUCUCCCAUGUAUUUAAUAGGUUUUCUACCAUGUUUGGGUCCAAGUUGCACUUGUGUACGUCUGGUCUAAUGAAAGUUUUAUAAAUAGUUUUCUUUGUUUUUCUUGUAAUGUUUUUACUUUUGAGUAUUUUUAAUUUCUGACUACUGAAGUGUGCCCUGUUUCUGGCUGAUAUUCUUUCUUUUAUUUCUGUUAGUAAUUCGUUUCUUUCAUUAAAUAAAGAUCCUAGGUAUUUGAAUUGAUUUACUUUUUGAAAAAGUGUGGUUUCAAAUUUUAAUGGUUUUAUUUGUCUAUUCCUCUCUUAAGAUAGUCAUGUAUUUUGUUUUUUUUAACUUCCAGCCCUGCUUGUAGUGUUGCGUCUUCUAAUUCAAUAAAGGCUUUUGAUGUCUUCACUACUUUUUCCUAACGUUCUAAACCUGUUCACCGAAAACAUUCCCUGGCUAAGCUCCUAACUCUCAGAAUUGCUAAAAUUAAAAUGACAUGAAAUUUAAAAACUAGUUUUCUGCAUUGAAUUUGAAUUUUAGGGUUGCUGUGUCCUUUAAAAUAUAACUACUUCACUUAUUUUAACACCUCAAACUUUUCAGAAGUGAACAUAAUAUAGUUUAAAUAAGUACCAGUAUAUACCGUACAUUUAAUUGACUCUUGAACUACAAAGGUCUUUAAAAAACAUUUAUUUGAACUAUUUAAAAGCACAUGUUGACAAGUUAACAUUUUGCAGAAAACUAAAAUUUUAACCUAAAUUAUAUUUUCUUUUUUCCAUAAGAACAACAUAUACACUAGUCUUGUCUCUUUAAUUACAUUAAUGUUUUUACAUAUUUAUAAUUUCUACUUGAAUUGUUUUUUAAACCAAAUGCUUUAUUAUUUAAUUUAGCUGUGGCUAUGUCAGUUAACUGAAAUCAUCAUUUAUUUUCUCAUAUGUAUUUUUUUUUUUAAUUCUCAAGAGUUUUUUGUUAAAGCAGGAAAAAUCUGGCUUCAAUCUUUGAACAAUAGACAAGAAACAAUUUCAACAAAGAAUAUUUUGAACUCAAAAAGUUGGAUUGAAAAAUCAAUCAAAUAAAAUAUUAGUUUUAAAUUGAGAUAACUUACUUUUAAAAUAAAUGUAAAGACUGAAAUGCUAAAGCUUUAUUGCUAGAUUAAAUUUGCAAUUAUCUAUUAUAAACAUUCCAAUUCAAAACUAUGUGUCCAUUUUUAAGCGAUUUGAAAUGGGGAAUGUUAUUUUUGGGAAAUUAUAUGAGUACAAAGUCAAUAAAUAGCACGUCCCUAACUUUUUCUAAUUGCAAGCCCCACAUGAGCUACUAAAAUUAGUUUAAUGUCUUCCAGUCCCACAAACUUUGCAAAAAAAAAAGGGGUACUGAGAUCGAGUUUCAAUUUUGCUGCCUGAUUAGGCCUCAAGAUUCAACUUUGUAGGAUAAGACAUACAAUCGUUAUAAGUGAAAUGUAUUUUUAUUGCAAUAAAUGAAGAACAAAACAGUGCUUAAAUUUCAAAAGCGCUCUAACAUUACCACUUCUCCACUUGAAAAUAAAUUUCCCAUCUCAGAGACUCCCCAAAAAUCUUUUUAAAAAUACUACCUUGUGGGGCAUGCACCCUACAUUGGGAAAUAUUAAACAAUCAGAUCAGAUGUUAACAAAAUUUUUUAAAAUGCUGUAUAAUAAUUACUAUAAUAGACAGUUAAAUUUAGACAUUGUAAAUGAGCCUUGGGGAAGACAUCUUAAAGCCGUUUUUUUUCCCCAUCACAAUGAGAUUUUUAAAAUAUCUAUUUUUUAUCUUUUGUGAUUCCCCAUAACUUUUUCAUCUUUUUUUCUUCAUAAUUUUUUAAGCUCACAGCAUUGUUCACAAAUUAUUGUGCUAAAUAUACAUAAUCAGAUGAUUUUAAAUGGUGUUACAAUAUAAAAUUAAAAUGCUAUACAGUAACUCAAAACUGCUUUGAAUAAAUAAAAAUAAGUUAUAAUAAUGAAUGUCUUAUUUCUAGGGAAUUUGUUUUUUUUUUAAGUUUGCAUCCACUCAAUCUGCUUUUGACCCUUGUUCCAAAAAGAUUUGAUAUUUAUUCUCAUCAUCUCUUAAUUAUAUUUAGAUUGGUUAUUAAUUAUUAAAUUUACAAUUUGUUUAUUGUUGGUUAUUAUGUGGAUCAACUUUCAAACACUUUUCUUUCAGAAUACAUUGAUGGAAUGGUGGACUUAAACACACUAUACCAGAAAAUUCUAGCCAAGAUUCAAUUAAAUAUUGAGACGCAACACUGAAACUCUAAAAGAUAAAUAAGGCAUUCAUAUUAACUUUUAAAUAGUAAACAUGUUGAUCUUUCAAUGAAGGACGCAAUUAAAAAAUUGUUUCAGAAUUCAUGCUGCUGACCAACAGUUGUCACUUAAAUUAAGUUUGUGGGAGUGCAAUUGUGAUGAUGCAUUGGUAGGAUACAAAUUUACUUGAUUUAUUUUUAAUCAGUUUAUAUUUUCCAAUAAAAUAUUUAUAUCAUAAUCUUAUACAGGAUUCUUAGUUAUUGAUUUAAGACUAGUUAGUCAUCAAGAUUUAACUAAUUUUUAAGUUUCAUUGAUCAAAUUAUGGUAGGCAAUAAAACAAAUUCAAUCGGAUUAGACUGUAGAAAUCAUUUAUACAACAUGUUUUAUUCAGUUUUAAAAAAAAUAAAAAUUUGAUAUCUUUCUUAUCAUCGAUUUCUGGACUUUUGAGAACUUACCUUUUAUUUAUUGCUGUAAAUAAUAAAUUAUUCUGUCUUUUUUGGUUAAUAAAUUGAAAUGAAGACAAAGUUACAUCAUUCCUUAGGAUAAAUUAAUGUUACAACUAUGUUUCAUAUAACAUCAUUUACUUUUUUCCUGGCUC